GGGCCUGUCUUAGGAUGUACCCCGGAGAGGACCGAUCUUUCUUUCCUGUGAGCGAGUUUGGCCGCGCCUGAGCUCCAAGAAGCCUGGCCCGAAGGCGUAGACCGAGGGCGCCGGGCGCACACCCGUAGACACUUGGGCAUCUUAAUGCGCCUAAAUGCGCUCCGGGGGAGUCGGGCCGGUGGAAGGAUCACCCCCAGAGGAGUUGCGUGCCGACUCUAGACCUGACCAGUACGAACGUCCCGGCCCGGCAGCACCUUGGACAGAGCUCGGGCUGCGUAGUGCUGUUGGGUGGCGGGGCAGGGCCCCAGAGUCAGGGAUUGCCCAAGGGUGCAUCGACCAGGGGUUCACGCGGAAAACCCGGGUGCUCACUACAGGAGGAUGCAAGGAGCCAGGGUCACUCCGGACGAGACUAGGGGACCCAGAAUGUCGGGUCCUAGCCAACAGUCACCCAUGCAAAUAAGGCUGGGGCCGCAUAUUUUAUGCUAAGAGCGUGAAGGCCUGGGCGGUCGCGGGGCGGAGCUUCCCUCUGGCCGCGCCCAUAGGCCCUCGCCGCGUGACUUCCCGAGUCCAGCGCGCGAAAUGCUGGCGGGAUGGCGGGGGCGAUAACCGGGGCGGAGCCUGGCGUCCCCACCCGCGUCCGGCCGCACCCGUCCUCCCGGCAGCUGAGGGACUAAAGACCGCUGCAGCCACCGCCGCCGCGAGCCGUCCCAGCGGCGCUCCUGCCCUAGAGAAGCCGAAAGCACUGCGCUCCUUCGCCCUGCGCGUCCCCAGCCUCCGCCCCGGCGCGGGGGCGCAGGGCUCGCGCGUGCGCAGCUCGGGAGGCGCGCCGGCCAGGACCCCCGGGCCGGCGCGUGCGCCGACUGGGCACUAGGCGGUGGGCGGGCGCGGGCAUGAGCCUCCGGGAGCCGUGGCCUCACUGAGGCGGCGACCCAGGAGCGAGGAGAACGCGGGCCGCCCGUGCCAGGCCGAGCCAUGGCAUUCCUGGCCGGGCCGCGCCUGCUGGACUGGGCCAGCUCGCCGCCGCACCUGCAGUUCAACAAGUUCGUGCUGACAGGCUACCGGCCGGCCAGCAGCGGCUCUGGCUGCCUGCGCAGCCUCUUCUACCUGCACAACGAGCUGGGCAACAUCUACACGCACGGCCUGGCCCUGCUGGGCUUCCUGGUGCUGCUGCCCAUGACCAUGCCCUGGGGUCAGCUGGGAAAUGAUGGCUGGCUGUGGGGCACACACUGUGUGGCCUGCCUGGCACCCCCUGCAGGCUCCGUGCUCUAUCACCUCUUCAUGUGCCACCGAGGGGGCAGCCCUGUAUACACCCGGCUCCUUGCCCUGGAUAUGUGUGGGGUCUGCCUCGUCAACACCCUCGGGGCCCUUCCUAUCAUCCACUGCACUCUGGCCUGCAGGCCCUGGCUGCGCCCAGCUGCCCUGGUGGGCUACACCAUGGUGUCGGGGGUGGCUGGCUGGCGGGCCCUCACUGCCCCUUCCACCAGUGCCCGGCUCCGUGCCUUUGGUUGGCAGGCUGGUGCCCGCCUCCUGGUGUUUGGGGCCCGGGGAGUAGGGCUAGGCUCUGGGGCUCCAGGCUCCCUGCCCUGCUACCUGCGCAUGGACGCACUGGCACUGCUUGGGGGGCUGGUGAAUGUGGCCCGCCUGCCAGAGCGUUGGGGACCUGGCCGCUUCGACUAUUGGGGUAACUCGCACCAGAUCAUGCACCUGCUCAGCGUGGGCUCCAUUCUCCAACUACACGCCGGGGUUGUGCCCGACCUGCUCUGGGCCGCACAUCACACCUGCCCCCUGGACUGAGCCACCUCCUGCCUGCCGUGUCAGUCUGCCCAGUCUUCUAGGGCCAACACCACCAUGCUUCCCUCCUGCUGGUCUGCAAGGUGCUGGCUCCCUGGAUGUUACCAGCAAACAGGACAUCCCAGCUGGGAGCCCUCGUCCGUCUGUCCAGUCUUCCCCUGUGACUGGCCUCUUCUACCCACACCUGAGAGCUCCAGCUUCCCCCCCCUGCCUUCUUCCACGGUACUUAUUGUGGAGGCUGGGAGGAAACCUUCCUCCCCUGGGCCUCAGAUUACCCUUUGUGACCUAUGAGGGUUGGGCCAGAGGAACUCUGGAGUCAUUCUUGCUCUGACAGUUGGAAUCCUGCCAGCCUAGAGCUGCCACCACCCCCUGUCCCUCCUCAGAACCCCCCAGAACGCACCCCAUGGGUGCCUGGCCCAGCCUCCAGCCCAUGCUACCUGACCUCCGUCUUUCUGCUGUGCACGCCAGCCUUCCCAGCAGCCUGAGGCUCGCCCACCCCUUCUCCCUUCCACCCACAGACUGCGGAGUGAGGGGUCUGAGCAAGCAGGACUUGCCUCUUGUCCCAGGACUGAGUAGCAGGAGGAACACCUGCUGCUGCUGCAUUUUCCAGGCAACACAGAGACGUGAAAAGCUGUGUGGCCCUGACCCAGGCCCCAUGGGACUGAGGGCCCCCUACCUUGAGAGCCUGGCUCUGAUGGCGGUGCGUGCCUGCUAAGGACACUUCUGCUCCACACAGUGUGUGGCUUCCAGCUCCCAACUGCUG